AUGGCAUCCUCAUCGCCUGUCCGUAUAGCGCUGUUCCUCUGCGAUGAACCCAUCGCCACCGUCCAGAUCACCGACGGAGAUUACACUUCGAUCUUCAACGCACUUCUGCGCAAGUCGCUUCCCGCAGACGCGGGGGAGUACACGCUCGACCCGUAUGACGUUCGCGAAGCCCUUCAGUACCCCGAGAAUAUCGACGACUAUCAAGCCAUCAUACUGACGGGAUCAAAACACUCAGCGUACGAGAACCUUGAGUGGAUCAACAAGCUCGUUGAUUACGUUCGCGAUGUGGCGGCGAGCAAGCCGCACAUUAAGCUCAUCGGGAUUUGCUUCGGUCACCAAAUUAUAGCUCGCGCACUGGGCGGUGAAUGCGUACCCAACAGCAACUGGGAGAUCAGCAUCACAGAGCUCCAGCUGACCGACAUCGGCAAGAAGCUUUUUGGUGCGGACAGUGUGAACAUUCACCAAAUGCACCGUGAUCACGUCCCCUCCGUCCCGCCCUCCUUCCAUCUCCUCGGCUCGACCAGCAUCACGCCGAACCAAGGCAUGGUCCGUCUGCGCGACUCCGCGGACCCGGCGGACCCCAAGCCAGAGGACGUGCAGAUAUUCACGGUACAGGGGCACCCCGAGUUCACCGACCGCAUCGUGACGAAGAUACUGGACGCACGGCAGAGCACGGGCGUGAUCGGCGCGGACAUCGCGGAGGACGGGAAGAGGCGGGCCGCGCUCAGAAAUGACGGCGUGGAUGUAGUGGGCAACGCCAUCUGGCGGGUGAUAGGAGUCGGUUCCACAGCUCGCUGA